AUAGCUUAUUAGUAACACUUGGUGCGAAUGUUGCGUCCAGAAUAAAACAGGGAGAAAUUCACAGAUUGAUUUUACCCAUAUUUUUACAUGCAAAUAUAUUCCAUGCAAUUUUUAAUAUUUUUUUUCAAUUAAGAAUGGGAUUUACAUUAGAAAAGAAUUAUGGUAUUAUGAAGAUUAUCAUACUUUAUUUUGUUACCGGUAUAUAUGGAAAUAUUUUAUCCUCCUCCAUAACAUAUUGUCCAAUAAAGGUAGGGGCAAGUACAUCAGGUAUGGGGUUAGUUGGAAUAGUAACAUCUGAAUUAAUUUUAUUGUGGCAUAUAAUUAGACAUAGAGAAAGAGUUGUUUUUAAUAUAAUAUUUUUUUCUUUAAUAUCUUUUUUUUAUUACUUCACUUUUAAUGGUUCUAAUAUUGACCACGUUGGUCAUUUAGGAGGCUUAAUAUCGGGCAUAUCCCUCGGAAUAUUAUACAAUGAACAUAUGGAUAACAAACCUAGAUGGUAUAAUCAUUUAAAAAUAGGUUCAUAUAUUUCUUUAGUUCUUCUGGCUAUUAUACCAACCGUCGUUUUAUUUACAAUACCUCGUACAUGUUAA